GCAAAGACAAGAAGAAUGUGGAAGUGCGCUUCAAGUCUUUCAUGGAUCGGUUCAGGAGCCGCAUCCAGAGGGUGAACCAUGAGCAUGCGGUGCAUCAACGGGACGUCAUCAAUGUGGACGCAGGCACCAAGGAGAAGGAGAAGAUAAAGGGGAGAGGUUGGGCAGGUCGACAGCCAAUAUUUUGCGUGUCGGCAAGGUUUUCCCUCAACAGUUUGGCAUUUUGGAUGGGCGUGGGCACCGCGCGGAAUGCGCUCUGUCACUUUUACCUGGGGGAGCAGAAGCGCGGCUUCAUAGAGCAAACGUCGUCGAAGGACCACUGUGCGGUCAUCGGCUAUCACAUUGAGUUCGAUGAGACUGGCCAGUGUCUUCGUCUUCGGAAUGAACAGUGUAGCGCCGAGACCAACACGACACUCUCUGUGUUGGUAUCGCGGGUUACACUGCUUGCCACUGAUGCGACGGGGCAGAUGACCAAUUGCAAGUUUGUGUUCACCUUAGUGGUGAAUCCGCCAGCUGUGUUGCAGCGGAAGACGGCUACGGCAUUGUGGGUCGCUAUCGAGAAGACACAGCCAGUGCCGCCGCUGAGCAAAAAACUUUGGUGCGCUGUGCUGGAUGUCAUAUUCUCUUCGCGACCGGAUAUUCCCAUCCUAUCGCGAUGGCUCACAUGUGCAUCUACCUCCAGAUUCUUUAUGCUGGCGACGGGAAUGCACAACCUCCUCGGGAAAGCGUGGGGGCGGCUGUUCAAGGACACUGGCUGCAAGAAGGCCGGUUUGCUUGAUAUGUCAGUUCUGUCAGAUAGGCAGGCAGGCACAGUCGCAUGUCUUGUGCGAGCAGUUGUCGGUCGGCGGUUUGCGUUAGGGUUGACUGAAGCAGACAAGUGUUUGCUGCAGCUGUGCUGCACUUUCAAGAUUGGUGUCAGUGAGUGCCGGUGCCAUGGACAUCGGAAUCGGCGUGCCCUCCGUCACUCCGACUCCACCUGCCGAGACGCCCGAGACACUACUGCCAGCGGCAUCCGACAUGGGAGCCGCGCCGCCCGCCGAGGCAACUGA